AUGUCUCUGUCCAGCUUCGUCUUCCUCGCGACCGUCCUGUCUUCCUCAUUUGCUCUGCCCUCCGAUCUCAACAGCAGGCAAACCGCGGCAGCGCCAAAUCCGAACGCGCCUCUUCCAGGAUGGACCUUUGUUGGCUGCUUCACGGAUGCUGUCCCUCAGCAACGCACUCUCCAGGAGCACAACAUCGUCAAUCCGGGCAUGACCCCUGCCCUCUGCACUGAAUUCUGCGGCAACUUCUCCACACCCCUCAACUUUGCAGGAACCGAGUUCACGGACGAGUGCUACUGCGACUUUAACAUCCAAGGUACCGCAGUCAAGGUUAACGACACGCAGUGCAACUUCCCUUGUGGAGGAGACAGCACCAUCGACUGUGGAGGCGCGUCGUUGAUCAGCGUGUACCAGAACAGCAACACCGGCGUUGGGCCUAUCCCGACCAACAAGGCCAAGGUCGGAAACUUUGUGUUCAGCGGCUGCUUCAAGGAUGUCGUCGGAACCAGCCAGCGCACGCUGAUUCAGUCUAUCCCCAUCCCAGGAGUUACUAUCGAGCGCUGCACAACCGCUUGCGGAGCCUCUGGGUUUACCAUGGCCGGCUUAGAGUUUGGCCAAGAGUGCUGGUGUGGCAACCAAUUCAACCCACUUGCCGGGAACGUCACCGCCGCCCUGACCGACUGCUCGCGCGCCUGCGAGGCGGACCACACAGAGCUCUGCGGUGCCGCUAACAGACUGUCCGUGUACACCGUGCCCCCCGUCGUCAGCAGCUCCUCCGCCGCUGUCCCACACAGUAGCUCGUCGACGAGCGUCGCGCCCACGGUGUCCGCGUCUACAGUCGCCAUCUCCUCGAUCUCGGCCGCUCCGACCAGCACCAGCGUGAAGACCGGUACGACUGUUACUGCCACUGCCUCGACAGUCGUUAUCCCUAUCACCUCCAUUCUCUCAAGCCCCAUCCCUAUCUCCUCCAUUGUCCCCAAACUCCCGUAG